UGCUGGUUGGCGACGUGAGGCAGCGCAGCGUUGUCGGGUGUUUUGCACGGCCAGCAUCGUGUCUUGGAAAUUUUGUUUUCGUUUGGUGGCAACUUGCACGUCUCGUCGUCGAGUGGUGGUGUUUAUAUAUAUCUGAGGUGUAGCACCUGUUUGUGUUGUUGUGUUGUGUGGGCGGUUCUGGUUGGGUUGGCUGCUGCGGUGGUUUCUUUUCUUCUGCUCUGGUCUCUUCUUCCUUCUUGUGCUCUUGUGUUUUUUCUCCUGCUCUUUCUUUGACCAGAAUCUCACAGAUUUCCCCCCUACCAGCGCCCAGCACAACAGAACGCUUUCCCUUUGGAAUUUCUUCUGUUUCCCUAGAUACCUGCAUUCGCUUCGCACACAAACACAAACACACACACAAUGAAAGGAUUAAUUCUUGUCGGUGGUUACGGUACCAGAUUGAGACCGCUCACGUUGUCGUACCCAAAGCCGUUGGUUGAGUUUGCCAACAGACCGAUGAUCUUGCACCAAAUCGAGGCGUUGGCCAACGCCGGGUGCACAGACAUCGUUCUUGCCGUCAACUACAAGCCAGAGGUGAUGGUUGGCGCGUUGAAGAAGUACGAGGAGAUCUACGGGGUGUCGAUCACCUUCUCCGUCGAGGAAGAGCCUUUGGGCACCGCAGGCCCGCUCAAGUUGGCCGAAAAGAUCCUCCAGAAGGACAACACCCCGAUCUUCGUGUUGAACUCCGACGUCAUCUGCGAGUACCCGUUGAAGGACUUGCUCGACUUCCACAACGCCCACGACGGUGAGGCCACCAUUGUCGCCACCAAGGUCGACGAGCCUUCCAAGUACGGUGUCAUUGUCCACGACAGAGACGUGGCCAACAGAAUCGACAGAUUCGUCGAAAAGCCCGUCGAGUUUGUCGGCAACAGAAUCAACGCCGGUAUCUACGUCCUCAACCCCUCCGUCAUCGACCUCAUCGAGAUGAGACCAACCUCCAUCGAGAGCGAGACCUUCCCGCUCUUGGUUGAGCAGAAGAAGCUCUACUCCUACGACUUGCAGGGCUACUGGAUGGACGUCGGCCAGCCAAAGGACUUCUUGACCGGUAUGUGUCUCUACCUCUCCGCCCAGACAAAGAAGAACAACCCAAACUUGUCCCAAGCAGACUUUAUCACUGGUGGUAACGUCUUGAUCGACCCUUCUGCCAAAAUCGGCAAGGGCUGUUCCAUCGGCCCCAACGUCGUCAUCGGCCCUAACGUCGUCAUCGGCGACGGUGUCAGAAUCGUCAGAUCCACCAUCUUGAAGAACUCCCAGAUCAAGGACCACGCCCUCGUCAAGUCCACCAUUGUCGGCUGGAACUCCACCGUCGGUAAGUGGGCCAGAUUGGAAGGUGUCACUGUUUUGGGUGAGGACGUCACCGUCAAGGACGAGAUCUACGUCAACGGUGGUAAGGUCUUACCUCACAAAUCCAUCAAGGACAACGUCGAAACUCCUCAAAUUAUCAUGUAAAGAAGAAGGAUCCAUCCACAAGUGCAACUCUACUUUUCUCCUUUUUCCUCUCCACUUCUCCUCUUGCCAUCUUUCUUUCUUGUUUUGUAUAGGGAAUCUCAAUAUAAUAUCUUAUAUACCACUUAUCCAUACAUCCCGACGCGUCGCAAACGGAAACUUCCC